CUUAAACCGACGCCGACGCCGGAGCGGAAAGGAGCCACGUUGCCGUCUUGGUCUUGUAUUUGAAAACUUUGAGCAAAGAAGUCCGCAAUGUCUCCGUUGGGACUUUUCAACAAAAGGAGGAUCUCUCUCUACCGAGUGUUGUUCUUUCCUCUCUACCGAGUGUUGUUCUUUCCUCUCUACCGAGUGUUGUUCUUUCCUCUCUACCGAGUGUUGUUCUUUCCUCUCUACCGAGUGUUGUUCUCUACUCUCUACCGAGUGUUCUUCUUUUCCUCUCUACCGAGUGUUGUUCUUUCCUCUCUACCGGCUGUUCCUUCUUUCCUCUCUACCGGGUGCUCUUCUUCAUCACCCGCGGCAGCCUUUCCAAUACUUUUACUCGCCGCUCAGUACUUUGAGUACUUUGAGCACAUCGAGUUCAGGAAAACGCCGGAGGCUGAGGCCACUUCAUUAGGUACACGUGCAGGGGCGUGAAGUUUUCCAUCUUAUCUGCGUCUUCUGCCAAUCAAUGACUCGAGUCACGUCGGGCCGGUCCGGAGGUCGCCCGGCGCCGUUGCCGCCCUCGACCUCGCCCGGCAUUUCCAUCGUCUUCCUCCUCGCCGGCGGUCAUGAAGGCGCCGCAGAAGAAGAAGAAGAAGACGCUCAUCCUCGCGGGGGUCUCGUCCGCGUGCCUGGUGACGCUGAUCCUGGGCCUCGGACUGGGACUGGGACUGGACCGGCGGACCUGUCGAGACCAAGUGGCGGCGCAGACGUCGUGCAGGAAUCGCUGCUACCGACCCUUCGACGGCGACGAGCCCGGCUGCAGGUGCGACGCCGCCUGCGACGAAGUCGGCGCCUGUUGCCACGACUACCACGACCUCUGCAAAGCCCCCGGCGAACUGUGGGAGUGCACCCGUCUGCGCUGCGGCGAGACCAGGCUGCCGACGAGCAGGUGCCAUUGUUCCGACGACUGCGCGGCCAAUUCCGACUGCUGCAGCAACUACGGGCACGUGUGCCGGGCUUCCGGCGGCAGCCGCUGCUCCUGGUGUCUCUGGACGGUCUGAGAGCUGACUACCUGCACCUGUGGAAAGGCCUCAUCCCGGUUCUCACCAAACUCAAGAAGUGCGGGACGUCAUCUUCGUACAUGCAGGCAGCUUUUCCGAGCAAAACCUUCCCCAACCACUACAGCAUUGUCACGGGUCUGUACCCCGAGUCCAACGGUUUGAUUGACAAUGUUAUGUACGAUCCGGUGAUGGACGCCAUCUUCACAUUGUCGGGUCCAGAGAAGGAGAACCCAGACUGGUACCUGGGACAGCCGAUUUGGAACACGGCAAUGUACCAGGGGCUGAAGUCCGGAACCUUCUUCUGGCCCGGAUCGGACGUGAAAAUAAACGGCAGCUUCCCGGACAUCCACCGGCCGUACGACGGGAAAAUCCCCUUUGAGGAGAGAAUCCUGACCGUGCUCAAGUGGCUCCAGCUACCGGACCAACAAAGACCGGACUUCUACACCCUGUACCUGGAGGAACCGGACAAAUCGGGGCACAGCUUCGGUCCCGUCAGUGGCGGGGUGGCGCAGGCCGUAAAAGCCGUGGACAAGAUGAUGGGCCAGCUGAUGAAUGGACUCAAACAGAUCGGACUUCACCGCUGCGUCAACGUGAUCGUGGUCGCCGAUCACGGCAUGGAGGAGACCAGCUGUGACAGAAAAGAAAACCUAGAGGAGUUUCUGGGGGACGUCAGCAAUCUCGCGGUCACGGACGGACCCUUUGGACGCAUCCGGGCCAGGAACAGCAACACACAAUUGGAUUCAGCCGGACUGGUUGCCAACAUGACGUGCAAGCGGGCCACGCAGAAGCUGCGCCCGUACCUGAAGUGGCACCUGCCCAAACGGCUUCACUACGCCAACAGCCGUCGAAUCGAAGACGUCACCAUACUGGUGGAGCCCAAAUGGCUGCUCGAGAGACUUCCGGGGUCGCUGCGGUUCUGCUCCGGCGGCCAACACGGCUACGACAACGACGCGGAGAGCAUGCACGCCAUGUUUGUCGCUCACGGACCGAAGUUUGUCGCCCGGGCGGAAGUUGAACCCUUCGCCAACAUCGAACUUUACAACCUGAUGUGUGAUGUGCUGCAGAUCUCGCCCGCCGCCAACAACGGAACGCACGGUAGCCUCAACCACCUGCUGCGACAGCCCUUCUACUCGCCGCUGCGUCCGGAGGAGCAAAGCGCGCCUGCAGAGUGUCGCCUCGUCAGCCUGGAGCCGCCAAACCUCCUGGGCUGUUCCUGUCCCCACAUGAGCGCCGACGCCGUCACGGCCGCCAACCGUCGCCUCAACAUGACGUCCGGUCAAGAGGCGGCGGCGAGGCGCAAUCAUCUGCCGUUCGGUCGUCCUCGCUCGCUGCGGCGCGGCGAGCGUUACUGCCUCCUCCACCAGGAGGCGUUUGUGAGCGCUUACAGUAAGGACCAGAAGAUGGCGCUGUGGAGCUCCUUCAGCGUGGCUGCGCCGAACAAGUCGGAGCCGUCGGCGCCCGUCCGGCCCGACUGCCUGCGGGCCGACGUCAGGAUUCCUCCGGCCGACAGUCGCCCGUGCGACGAGUACGGCGACUUCCGGCGCGGCUUCCUGUACCCGCCCGGUCUGAGCCCCGACGAGGAGGAGCGGGGCGACGCCCUGCUGAGCAGCCACGUGGUGCCCAUGUACCCCCGAUUUCACAGGAUGUGGGCCUUCUUCCACGACACGCUGCUCAAGAAGUACGCGUCCGUCUACAACGGGGUCAACGUGCUGAGCGGGCCCGCCUUCGACCACGACCACGACGGGCGCCACGACCCGCCGGAGCUCAUCGCGCGGCGGGCGUCCCCCGCCAACGUGUCCGUCCCCACCCAUUACUUCGCGGUGCUGACCAGCUGCCGAAACGUCAGCCGAUCGCCGGGCGAGUGCGACGGACGGUUGCGCGCCGUGGCUUUCCUGCUGCCUCACAGAGCGGACGGCGCAGAGAACUGCCAGAGCGCCGAAGCCGAAGAGUCUUGGGUGGAGGAUCACGUCUGGUUCCACCGCUCGCGUGUGAGAGAUGUGGAGUGGAUCACGGGGCUGGACCUGUACCAGGACAGUCACAGACCGAUCCACGAGCUGCUGCAGGUCAAGACCCGCCCCACUGCUGCCAAUCAGAAACCAUGAAGGAAAGACUGUUUGCCAUUUUUCAUUUUAUUUCAAAAGUCAAUAAAGAGCCAAAAGACUUGA